AUGGCAAAUAGGAACAGGGGAAAGGACCAAAGAACCCAGGCAUUUUUGGAUUGGGCUCAAACGGACCAGAAACUAUGGAUUUCUGACAAAAUCAAGCUGCAGCAGCAUCCAACAGAUGCACAACAGGGAAGAUGUGUCUUGGCAGAGCAGAACGUGGCAAAGGGUGAGAAACUCUUUGAGAUCAAACGCGAGAGUGUUUUGAAUGUGACCACAUCGAGUUUGAGCAGAGAAAAUUCCGAAAUUCGCAAGCUUUUCCUGCACAAGCUGGGCCAUUGGGAAGGACUGAUCGUGGUCAUUCUUUAUGAGCUGAAAAUGAAGCAGGAAAAUAGCCAGUGGUGGCCGUAUUUCCAGGUGUGGCCACAACAGGCAAGCAUGAACAGUUUGAUGUACUGGUCAGACGAAGAAGUGGCUCAGUUGAGUCCGUCCGGAGUUCGCAACAGAAUCGGACGAGACGGCGCCCGUGCAAUGUACGAGACCGUCUUGGAAUGCAUCAAAGAGCUCAAUUUGACACAGUUUCAAGCGGUUACAUGGGAGGAAUUUGUACAUGUGGCGUCGGUGGUAAUGGCGUAUUCCUUCGAUAUGGAACGCGCGGACUAUGAGGAGGAAGAUGAAGACGAAGAGGAAGAAGACGAAUCAGGUCCGGUUUCUGUCUGGCAAGACGGGUACAUCAAGUCUAUGGUGCCAAUGGCUGAUAUGCUGAACGCUGACACGCACAAAUGCAAUGCUAAUUUGACAUAUUCGCCAGAUUCGCUGAUCAUGGUAGCAGUGGAUGAUAUCAUAGGUGGGGACCAAGUUUACAACAUCUAUGGCGAAUUCCCAAACUCAGAGCUUUUGCGCAGGUAUGGUUACGUUGAAUGGGCCGGUUCCAAAUACGAUUGUGGCGAAAUACCACUUUGCACUGUUGUGCAAGCUAUGCAAGCUUGUCUUGGAUGUUCUCGCGAAAUAAUAGACAAGAUCUUGGAUCUGAUACAAAAUCGAUCAGAGAUAAGAGACGAAGUGCUGGAAGGCGAGCCUUUGGUGCUAGAAUCUUACGACUGUUACGUGGACGGUCAGAUUUCGCCAGAAUGCAUUACCUUAUGUCAAAUUGUGGCAUGUACCCUUCAGUUGCCUCGUGCGGAGACAUUGAGCGAAAAGGCUUUGCUCGAGUUUUUGCAGCGAUUGGUCAAGAAAGCGAUUCAAUCAGUGAACUCGAAUGAGAUCACCAAAGUUUGCGCGCAUGUUUUUGAAUCCGCGUUAGACUUGAGACUGCGCGAAUACCCAAGCCAUACAUUCCGGGAGCCUCCACCAGAUAGUAAACCGCUAAACGCCCCAGGAUACAGAAAAAUCAUGGCUGAGUGUGUAUUGCGGAGUGAAGUCAAAGCAUUUCAAAACAGCUCCCGGUCUCUGCGGAGCGAGUAUCAAUUGAUCGACGACGCGGAACUGCUGGACAAAGUCAAAGCCGUCAAGAGAAAGAUGACCUCUCAAAAGAACAGAGUCAAGUCGUCCAAAAAAAUGAGAAAAUAG